GUCGUGUCUUCGCUCAUCACACCGGUCAGUCAUUGUCAUAUAUAGCCAUAAUGUUGUUCUCCUCUCUCCGCACCCUCUCCUUCCGGGGCCCCUCAGUCGCCUCUCGCGCCUUUAGCACUUCUCCUGUGGCCCGCGCUGCCGAGGUUAAGUCGCUUGGUGUGAUCGGAGCUGGUCAGAUGGGUCUGGGUAUUGCGCUCGUUGCAGCUCAGAAGGCCGGGGUUCCUGUCACUCUCGUGGAUACCUCCCAAGGGUCGAUCGACAAGGGUCUGAAGUUUGCCGACAAGCUUCUGGAGAAGGAUGUCGCCAAGGAGCGUCUCACCCGCGACGCAGCGGAUCUUGUCCGCUCCCGCAUCACCCCCACCCUGAAGAUGGACGACCUGUCGUCCGUUGACUUCGUGAUCGAGGCCGUCCCCGAGAUCCCCGACCUGAAGACGGGCAUCUUCUCCAAGCUGGCCCAGAUUGCGCCCAAGCACGCGAUCCUCGCGACCAACACUUCGUCCAUCUCCAUCACCAAGAUCGCCGCGGCGACCACCACGGACCCCAAGGAUCUCCAGGCCGCCUCGCGCGUCAUCUCCACGCACUUCAUGAACCCCGUCCCGAUCCAGAAGGGCGUUGAGAUCAUCGCCGGCCUGCAGACCUCCCAGGAGACCAUCGACACCUCGCUCAAGUUCAUGGAGCGCAUGGGCAAGGUCUCCUCCGUCUCCGCCGACUCUCCCGGCUUCCUGGCCAACCGCAUCCUCAUGCCCUACAUCAACGAGGCCGUUAUCUGCCUCGAGACUGGCGUCGGUGGCCGCGAGGACAUCGACAACAUCAUGAAGAACGGCACCAACGUCCCCAUGGGUCCUCUGACGCUGGCCGACUUCAUCGGUCUGGACACCUGUCUGUCCAUCAUGAACGUUCUGCACCAGGAGACUGGCGACAGCAAGUACCGUCCGUCCGGUCUGCUGAAGCGGAUGGUCGACGCUGGCUGGAAGGGCCGGAAGGCCGGAAAGGCCCCGCAGCCGCCGUCUCUCCAACCCGAAAAUUUUCUCCGCUCGGCGCCCAGGAACAGACAGACGAACCUGCAACAAACCACCAGGCAGGAGUACAAUUACCUGCACAGUACCCUGAUCCAAUUACCGAACAUGUCAAAACAAUUACAGCUCACGCUCUCAACGAGCCUCGUCCUCGCCGAACAGCUCCAGUCGGCUUUUUCCGCCCCGCCGUCCGACACGUCCUCCCCCACUGGCGACCUCUCAGCAAAAGAUGCCCUACCGCUCCUAUCCGCAGCAGCCACGGAGCUGAAGUCCCAGGUCACGAAGCUUUCUCUUCUCGCCAUUACCUCGCCGUUCACACACACGGCCGUCACAUCCGUGCUUGCCACGCUGAACGAAUCCAUCCUUCCAUCGCUCGUCACUGCCGCUCUACUGGUCACGCCGUCGAUGCACACAAAGGCCUUCCGGGCGGAGAUCGAAGUCCAGGUCAAGACGGCGCUGCGGGAGGUGCGCGAUCUUCUGAAAGAGGUCCAAGUGGUGGCGGGGAAGAAAGACGCAGCGACGAGCCAGAGCGAGCUGUCGCAGGCGGAGAAGGACUCCGUCAUGGUAGCUGCGGGACGCGUCUGGGACGUCUGCGACACAUUGGUUGAUAUUGCCGCGAAGGGCGUCGUGGGGUUCGUUGUGCGCCGCGUGGAAGAGUGGAGGGAUCUGGUGCGCGAUGCGGUGGAGGAGAUCGAGGAGUGGGAUCCUGACGAGGAGGGUGAUGAAUUCUUCGACGAGAUUUUGAGUGAUAAAGGCGAUGACGACGACGAUGACGAUAAUGAUGAUGAUGACGAGGACGAAAGCAACGCUGCGCUGCACGAGCAGAAAAAGACCAGCGUCCGCAUCCUCAAGCCCGUUGCGCAGAUUUACCCCGCUAUCGUCAAAAACCGGCUGGGAAGCGUUCCGGAGCUGUCUUCGUCGCUCGCCAGCAAGCUUGAGCUCCUUAUGCAGAAUCUCCAAGAUAUACCUGGAUUGAUCGACGAAGUGGCGGGGGCGUUGUACGAGGAGAACUCAGAGAAGUGUGUGCAGUAUCUCGUGCGGGUGAGGAGUUGCGCCAAUAAAGUUAUGCAGUCGGUGGAAUUAUCUUGGAUUGCGGACGGGAGUUCGAAGGAGGACAAAUUCACGGCUUGGUCGAGAACGUGGUUGAAGGUGAUGGACGAAGUCAGCAAGCCUGUUCUCGAUUCGGGGAGCUCGAAAUAACAUGAUACGGCUGUCUGCCCGUUUAACGCCUACACAAGAUCCUUGUUUAGAUUAUAUAUGAAUGC